GUAAUCAUAAAUCUAAUCAUAUGGUCAGAACCACUCGGCGAGACUCAAUUGAUUGUAAAAUCAAUAAAAUACACUCAAAAAAUUGUCAACUAUUUAUUGGUUUCACUAAAACAAAUAAACAUCUGCGGUUUUGUUCACGCGUUGAACUUUUUGACUUAGUACGAACUAAAAAAUAUAUAAAGUGUUAAGCUUUUACUAAGUUUUAAAACAAUGUUCUUAUGAUUUGCUAUGAGUUUUCCAAUUAUCCAAUCUGCUAUUGCUAUAACAGUUAAACACUUACAAAAAGUAUUUACUUUUAAAGCAAUUCCGAAUAAAUUACACUCGUUCUUGUUUGUUAAAAACUAAAAAUUACCUAAUCUGUCUCGAAGAUUGACAAAGUAAUUAUUAAAUCAGCAGCAGCCUUCAAAUUGUUGGAUUUCAAUUAACUCAAGAGCAAAUCUACAGAAAGACUGACUUUUUAUAGCUCCUUUUAAAUUUCUCAUUUAUUUUCAGUUUCUGCAUGAAGGUAUGUUCAAUAUAUUGAUCAGAAAAAGAAAACAAAAGUCUGUCUAUCAUAAUUUAUUCAUUUUCUCCAAUUCAUCACAAAAGCAUUUGUGCAUUUUUAAGGAUUAAGAAACGGCCAGUUUUCAAGAGCAAACUAUUUAAUUUUGUACUUGGAGAAAAAACACUCAGAAAACUCUUUCAAAAAAAACGAAUGCACCAACACAGGUGAAAAUUGCAACACCACCUACAAAUCACACAAAAAUCCCAUUAAUUCAUCUUGAAAUUAAGAAUUUCGGCUUUUCUCCAAUAAUUUUAAUCUUUUAAACUUACACCGCUUUUAUUCACGUCUAAUUUGGUCAAUCUAUUUAUUUUUGGGCCUCUGUUAUGUCAACUGUCCACACACAAACAGGCGAGGAUGAUACAACUGAUAAAAUCUCCAGCGCUGCCGAUGUCACAAAUGGUCAGUAUGGUCUAGAAAACAAGGGCAAUUCCACUGCAAAUCUCGAACAGAUUCCUCCGAUUACUAGUAAAACAGAGCCACCCUCAGUACCUAAGAAAUUUGUAAAGGAAACUAAGAUCAGUAAGAGAGAUCAACUGAAAUUGAGUGAGGCCUUUACUGCACUAUGUGAGUCAGAGGCUGAUGGGCUUCCUGGAAAAGUGAGUCGACAUGACGUGAAGAAGUGUCUCUUUUUGCUAGGAAUAGCAGUUAGCGACGAGAGGAUCUCGCAACACUGUGAGUUGGACGACGUGGACGGGGAGCUAAAGAUGAACUACAGGGCGUUCGAGAAGUGCUACACUGAGAUCAUUAAGAGUCAGCCAGUCACUCUGAAACAAGUGAACAAAUUCUACAAACAGCUGGACUGUCUAGAGGAAGGUCACGUAACAAUUGCAGCGCUGCGCAGCUGGUGUUUCUCGAAUGAUCUAGUGUUGCCAGAAGACGAAUUAGAAUUGAUGGUCGGCAGUGCCGAUCUGAACAAGGACGGAAAAAUCACAGAGAAAGAGUUCAUCAAACUCAUGAAUCAAAUCAAUACUCUCAGACCCACCUCAAGAAAAAAAUAAGAAAAACAGAUGUAUCAUUAAUUACCACGAGUUUUUAGGUUACUGUGACCUUUAUUUAAUUAUU